UAAGCUAACACCAACCUUCUUUGCCCCGCAGUCUUGUCGCUCCGGAACACGCAGGAGGAGGAGCCGCCGGACCCACAGCUGAUGCGCCUGGACAACAUGCUGAUCGCUGAGGGCGUGGCGGGGCCCGAAAAGGGAGGAGGUGCUGGAGCCGCCGCUAACGCCUCCGCCGCCGCCGGGGCCGGAGACUCAGCCAUCGAACACUCUGACUACCGCGCCAAGCUGUCACAGAUCAGACAGAUAUACCACCAGGAGCUGGAGAAGUACGAACAGGCCUGCAACGAGUUCACCACCCACGUGAUGAAUCUGCUCCGGGAACAGUCACGCACGCGGCCCAUCACGCCCAAGGAGAUCGAGCGCAUGGUUCAGAUCAUCCACAAGAAGUUCUCCUCGAUACAGAUGCAGCUGAAACAGUCCACCUGCGAAGCCGUCAUGAUCCUGCGCUCCCGCUUCCUCGACGCCAGGAGACGUCGCCGAAAUUUCAGCAAGCAGGCUUCUGAAAUUCUGAAUGAAUAUUUCUACUCCAACCUGUCAAACCCGUACCCCUCUGAGGAGGAGAAAGAGGCACUGGCUCGUCGGUGUGGCAUUACAAUCAACCAGGUCUCCAACUGGUUCGGCAACAAGCGCAUCAGAUAUAAGAAGAACAUAGGCAAGGCUCAAGAGGAGGCCAACCUGUACGCCGCUAAGAAGGCCGCUGGAGCGUCGCCCUACAGCAUGAGUGGCACCCCUGGGCCCAUGAUGUCCCCCCAGCCUGGCGAGGACUCCAUGGGCUACGGCAUCCCAGGCAUGAACGGUUCUGGAUACUCAGGAGUAGGGGGCAUGGGCUACGACCUCCACCCAGAGUCACCUGAUGUGUAGGCGGCUCAAACACUUCCGCCCACGCCCCGCCCGCCCUCCACCCACACCCAAAUUUUUUAUGUUCCAGCAGCAAUAAGACGCGUGGGCGGUUAGCGGGUUGUGGAGUCCUGGCCGGCGUGGUGGGGUGGCCUGGCCAGCCUCUAACUUCUCUUCCUGAACGAGCAGCGGCGGACCCCCAAGUGCCAGGCUGCCCCGCCCCGCCCCCACACUACCUCCCGCGGCCCACCACUCCCUCAGACACACAGUGCAGGCCGUGCAACUCCGGCUCACCGCCACAACUGGGCUGCCUGUGGCUCUCCUCGGCCCGGCCUACCCCCGGCACCCCAGCCUUCUGGGCCGCACCUGGCCCCCAACCCUUGGCAGAAGCGACGAGAGCUGCCAGCCCAGUGUGGUGGCAGCGGGCCGCCGCCGCCGCCACCGCCACGCGCCCUGCAGCCGCGUGGACCAGCGGUGCCGCCGAGUCCUCAGUAUACGAGAGCCGGGGCGGGUAGCCUCAGCCCCCUCAGCCGCUCCACACACCACACUGCCGCUGCCCUGGCCCACCCCUCGCCCACGGGUGACGCUCUCAUGACCCAUAGUGCUACGUCAUUUUGAUAUCCACCCGUCCACUCGGAUGCCGCGCCCAGCCGCCUGUGGCCACUCUUCUGUGAGCACACUCAGCCACGUUCACCUUCACGGCGGGAUUAUGAUCUCUAUAGAGGGUCCAAGCCUUUUUGGCUAAUGGAAAGAGCUCGUGAUGCGCUAUUCUUGUCAUAUACUUUAAGAGGCAAUGUAUAUAUGAACGGAUAAGAAAUUCAUUUGGCAGCCAGUUGUGUGGUUGGCAGUCUUGAAUGUGUACAACAGAAGGUGGCAUGGGAGGUGAGGUGGGUCCAGUGGCGCGCGGUGGACCCUCCCAGUACCAGGGAGUCCCAGAACCAUGUAUACGGUUGGUAUGUGAUAGUCACACUAGUGUUGCUUAUAUGUGUAGGCUUUUAAUAAAGUUUCUGCUGUUUGAACAUUCUUAAAAAAAAAUACAUACAUGUUCCUCAUUGGCGAGUGAGCCAGAUAUACCAGGCGUCACCUCCGGCGAGGUGGGCUCCAGCAUGUUAGCGGCAGCCCUCCCGCCCCGCGCGACCCCCCAGGCCGGCCGGCUGCCCGGUGGUCCGCGGCGACCCGUACAAGCCUCUGUAUCCAUGUAGCGUAGGAGAGUGUGGCCAGUGAGGCCCGGCUGCCCCCCCGGCCCUGCACACGCUCCACUGGGCGGCCCGACGCACUGCGCGUGUCUGUCGGCCGCGACGCCCAGUGGGCCCAUCCAACCCAGUAUACGUACCCUGGACGGCAGCAGCACCAAGACUGGUAAAGCGUAAUGGUCAGACCGAACUGGCUCUCAUAUGUCUGUUGUUUACAAGCACAUUGAUUGGAUGUUUCCGUUGUUUUUGUUUGUGUUUCAUUGUGUUUUGAUGGGUUGUGUAUAUGUUUGUGUGCAGGUCCCCGACUGGCCUGAGUUACUGUGUUCUUGAUCUUGUGGAAGUUAGAGGGAGUGGCUGCACCCCUGCCCAGGGCCACAUCCUGCUGGCAGGGGGUCGCCACUCCCAGCUGAGAGGCAGACGGCCGCACCCACAUCCCUGCUCCUGCUGGCCACCACCACCGCCAACACAGGUGGUGGUGGCGGCCGGUGGAGGAGUGGCGUGGGGGCGGCCGUAGGACAAGAGCGGUGUGACUCCUCCUGGGCCCUCCACAGCAAGGCAUGGAGGGUGUGGGGCGUCCCAGCGGCGCCCCCGGUGAUGCAGGGUAUUAAGUAGGGGAAGACAAGACCAUGCUGACGAUGAUCUUGUGAUAACACUGGAUAAUGAACAAUUUAAGGACCUGGAACUUUGAUGUAGGUCUAUUUUUAUAUGGAUAGAUAGACUCGGAAAAAACUGAAAAGGGAAAAAGCUCUAGAUGGUCUUGUGUAACUGUAUAUUAUUAGUAAUUGAUAGAAAAAUUCUAAUAAUACUCUUUGCAAUCUGUUUUAACUUUUUGGUACUGUUAAGUCUUUUUCCAUACGGUUUGUACGGUAGUGUAAGGGCAGCGUUGGGCACGAGUGGCAGCACACGGGCGGCCACGAGGCCCAAGAGCUGCCGAGCGCGCAUGUUUGUAUGGCUAGUGCAGGAGUAGUGCAAGGUAGCUAGACCACAAGUAUACAGUGAUAAAUACUGCAGUAUACGAAAAAAACAAUGUUCUCCAUUGACAAAAGUAUAACUACAAAGAAUAAAUAAGCAGAGUAGCCUGCCCUCUUUUCAUGAACUGUUUAUUAUUAGAGUUAUUUUGACUCCUGUGGUCCGCUGACAGGGCCACCACCACUUGUUUCCUUUGUUUUUUACCUGAUCUUUUUGUUUGACUUUUUUUUCUGAGCUGCUGAGGUGUACCAUAGAUGUCUCCAUGUAACUUAAAAAAAAAAGAGCUCUCUUCUGUCUCUCCUCGCUGUCGCUGUAGUGAAUGAUGCAAGAAUAAAUCUCCUGUCUUGAAUACGUAUGAAUAAUAACUAUAAAUGUACUGCCUAGACGUACUCUCCAAUACCGUCCUGUACCAAAAUACGUAAUUUUUCUCACAAUUCUUGUAGAGAUAUACUGUGUAUUUUUGCUGUGUAUUUGUUCCAGUUUUGUAAUAGUAUUAGUAGUACAAUCUCGCUACUUUUUCUCUCCCUGAAGGACGGUAUAGGAAAGACUGCAAAAAAAAUUGGUGCAUUCUUACUUACACAAUUUAGCAUAUUUUUCAUGUAAGUAGUUAUUGUUUUUAUUGUUUUAGCCACCUUUUAUUUAUGUAGGAUGGGUCUUUUUUAAGGCACCCAACCUGAUUUUUAAUUAAGAUAAUAUUUCCUACCCCACUCCUACUCUUUUCCUUUUAUUUCCCCUUUUUACUUUUUAUCAUAUAUUUUUGAACGAGUCGUGUGUGCUUGUACAUUAGAAUCUAUUUGCAGAGGUGAGAGAUAAGUGCUACCCGUGUUUCCGGGCGAUGCAAAACGGGCGCGCCAAACCGAGCACAAGGUACAGCCCUCACCCCCUAACUCCUGUGCAGGUGAUCGUUGCCAACUUGCCCUGUGCUCCUGCAACCACAACCAUUUUCUAUGAAGUCUGUUUUGUAUCAAUGUCCCGUCGCCCGUUUUGCCUCCUGCCGGAAACAUCCCAUUCACUCAUUUCACUUAUUAGUUCACUUAACCAUUCUAACCUCUUUGCUAUGUGAGUGUGAUGUAAGUGUAUAUUACUGUCUUUUGUAUUGUCAUGCAUAAGUUGCAUUGUAAGUAUUUUCGGCUGCCAGAAGGCCAAGCCAGUCCUCAUGAUGAUAUUAAUUAUCCAUGAUGUUCUUUUUGUUAGUUUUUUCUCUCUGCAGUGAGUGACUACUUGCAGACCUCAUUGUGUUUUUAAGGUUCAACUGAAAGCUCAAACUAGAUUAUUUUAGUGUCAGGUACAGGAUAUUCUUGGUUUGCAUUUACUAAAAAAUGCUGUAGCCGCUACCCGUGACACUGACCCCUGACCUAAUUAACCCCCUUCUCCCCACCUCCGCUCCCCUCCACCCUGAACAGAACAAAUCACCAGCGUCAGCAGGGUUGCCAAGGUUGCGGUUUUUUCCUCCCCAAAUGGCCUGUUUCUGAAGAGGCUCCGCAGGAUACUACUACUACAUUUGGAAGUUGCUGCGGGCUGUGAAGUUUUUACAGAACGCACAACUUUCUUUAUUUUUACAGAUACUAAGCUUAACAAAAAACUGUAGUAUACCAAAAGAAAUUCAGUGUUGUUUUUGUGGUUGGCUAUUUUUUUGGAGUUUUCAUGCCUGGCAGUCCGCGGGCCCCUUCAGUCCUGCUAAGGCAACCCUGGGCGUGGAGUCGCCGCCCCCCCAGUGUCACGGCUGCCCGCCAUGGUCCCCAGUAUACCAGCAGCUUGGCGUGGCCUGGGGCAGUGCACACGGCCAGUGCCUCGCGACUCUAAACGUAAGGAAACAGACUUCAGUAUUUUAGAGCCACUUUUUACGUUAGUGUUUGGCCAGCGGGCGUCUGAGUGUGCGCUGCCCCCCUCCCCGGCCGAAGGCAGGGAGGCCCGGCCCGCCCAGCCAGAGACGAAGAAGCACUGUUUAUAUGUAAUGUAACAUACAAACUUUUACUAUUAGGUAUGAAUGUUAUCAAAUAAAUGAUUUCAAAGGCUACAA